AUGGAAAUUGGAAUUUUUCCCUUUCAAAUAUUCAAUACUAAUCGAUUGGGGUCUCUAACUCUGGGUUCUAAUGUACCAGAUCUUGUAGCACUUACUAACGAGGCGCUAUCAAUUAGUAUUAUACAAAAGAAAUCUAUUAUAGACACUAAUAUAAUUAGAUCUGCUAUUCAUAGACAAACUUGGGAUUUUAGAUCUCAGAUAAUAGAGAUUCAGGAUCAUGGAAUCCUUGUUUAUCAGCUAGGAAGGGUUGUUUCACAAAAUCUACUUCUAAGUAAUUGCUCUAUAGAUCCUAUAUCUAUCUAUAUGAAGAAGACAUCGUGUCAGGAGGGGGAUUCUUAUUUGUAUAAAUGGUAUGUCGAACUUGGAACAAGCAUGAAGAAAUUAACUAUACUUCUUUAUCUUUUGAGUUGUUCUGCCAGAUCGGUCGCUCAAGACUUUUUGUCUCUACCCGGACUUAAUGAAAACAAUGAUGGGAUUCCUUCUUAUAGACUCCUUGAGAAUGAUUCUGAUCUAGUUCAUGGGCUAUUAGAAAUAGAAGGUGCUCUGCUGGGACCCUCCGAGACAGGAAGUCGGUUGGAGAAUGAUGGAGUGCCAUUGCUUCUUCGGUCCGAACCAAGAAAUCCCUUAAAUAUGAUUCAAAAUGGGUUUUCUUCUAUCGUUGAUCAUAGAUUUCUCUAUGAAAUCUAUGAAUCGGGGUUCGAAGAAGGGGAAGGAGUCCUCGACACGCAACCGCUAGAGGAGGAUUUAUUCAAUUCCAUACUUUGGGCUCCUAGACUGUGGCGCCCUUGGGGCUUUCUCUUUGACGAAGGGUCCAAUGAAUUGAGAUUUCCCUAUUGGGAAGGGUCAUUUCAGGACAAAGAUGAUAAUGAUUCGGAGGUCUUGCAGGAUGGAACGAUGCAGGACCAGACACGAGUGAGAUCUUCCAACGAACAAGGGUUUUUUCAAAUAAGCCAAUUCAUUUGGAACCCCCCAGAUCCACUCUUUUUGCUAUUCCAACAGGAUCCUGUGUUUUCACAUCAAGAAUUUUCUCCAGAUGAAGAGAUGUCAAGGAUACUUUUGACUUCCCAAACCAAGAAAAAGGAUUGGAAAUAUCUAAAUGAAAGAUGGUUUACGAAGAAUAUGCGAGAACAGAAUUUGAAAUUCUUGAGUAAUCAGGAGAGAUGGUUUAGAACCAAUAGUUCAGUAUCAAAUGAAUUUUUUCGUUCUAAUACUCUAUACGAAAGUUAUCAAUAUUUAUCAAAUUUGUUCCUAUCUAACAGAACCCUAUUGGCUCAACUUACAAAGACAUUGUUGAGAAAAAAUGGCUUUUCCCAGACGAGAUGA